AUGGCGAAGGCGCACGUCCUGCUGUGGCCAAGUGCGGCAGUGGCGGUGGCCGUGGCCGUUGCCGUGAUGAGCGUCGUCACCGCGGAGCUGGCAGCGGUGCCGGUGAGCGGCAACGGCAGCGCCGUGGGCACCCUCGUGGGGUUGCCGCUGCUGAUGGCGGCAUGUGGCACCAGGGUGGAGGAUCAGGAGGCCGCCGAGAUGGACUCGGAGGCGCACCGUGUGGUGGCACUAACGGUGCACGGCGCGCAGGGGACCCAACCCGCUCGACGCAGACAGACCUGCGUGCCCGGAAACUUGUGGUGCCAGAGGUGA